UCAAGCUUCUCUCUCGAAAUCCUCUGUCAGCGGCUGCAGCAUUUUUAUUCAGGACAGUCAUUUUUACAGUUUUCUAGUUACAAGAAGCCAAAACCAAAAAUUCCUGCUCUAAAAAUGAGUUCCAAGUCGGAUACCAAGAACAAGGGAACAUUCCAACCGGAUUCAGAUGUGCACAUCACAAUCGACGACCAAAUGAAGAUUAACAAGUUUGCCAAUUACAACGCCAAGGUGGAAGAUCUCAAGGAAGAGUUGAAAAUCAAGCAGAACGAGUUGAAGAACCUGGAGGAAGCGGGUGACGAAAUUGAACUACUGGACGACGACACGCUAAUUCCGUUUUUGAUUGGCGAGGUGUUCAUGUCACACGAUUUAUCGAGAACUCAGGAACUACUAGUUGAAGCCAAGGAGAAGAAAAAGCAGGAAAUUGAGAACAUCCAAAAACUAUCCAAAGACAUCCAGGAUAAGAUGGGCGAACUUAAGGCGCAUUUGUAUGGCCGUUUUGGAAGUAACAUUUAUCUCGAAAACGAUGAAUAAAAGUGUCAAGGAAUUUCUUUUCUUGGAUUAAAAAUCAA